GACCCCACAUCUGCCAGCCCCCGCUGCUCCCUGCCGGUGAAUCAUGGCAGCUCAGCUGGCGCGUCGCUGUCCCUGUCGCUGGCUCUUCAGUGCCGUUGUUCCCGCUGCCUCAGUGGCCCCGACUUGUGCGCUAGCACCCAGGGGCAAGAUGAUUGUGAGGGUCCUUCCCCGGCAGUCUGUCCUUCUGCUGCAUACCUUGAACUUCUCUGGGCCGAAAGACAACGAGGAGAUGCAGAUAAGCAGCAAACUUACUAAUUCUGAAACAUUCAAGAAGUUGAUUUCAGCAGCCACCACCACCAAAGAUGUCUUGGCUUUUAGUACAGAGCACCCUAUCAAUGCCUUCACGGCUUCCCAUAUCAUCAUCAGGCUGUCUUGCCUGGUAACGAAGGGAAACCAAGACACUGAGGAAAUUGUAAAUGACAAGCGCUUCAAGUUACUGCUCCUCUGUCUCGGGGAGAAUAUAUCCCAAGUCUGGAACAGUACCUUGGUGCAGCUUCUGAAGAGUUGUUACUAUCUGGACAGCACCAUGAAGGAGUUUAAAGUAGUGGAGCAAGAGGUGUGCUGGCGCCUGAAGCGUUUCAGCAUCAACCAUCUCAGUUCCCUAGCCAGUUUCCUGGCCUCCAGCAAGUGGGUAGAGAAUCAUAAUGACCUGCUGAAAGACUUGGUGAGCAGCCUAGAGCUCCGCUGGACAGAGAUUGAGGACGUCAAAACCGUGGUGAUGCUGAUGUCAAAAGUCGGACAGUUGUCACCGGUCCUGAUGGAGCGGCUGGAGGACAAGGCACUGCAGUUGGCUGAGAAUUUCAGUUCUCAGGACACUCGGAAGGUGAUGCAAGCAUUUGUGCGCCAGAACCGGCGCUCCCUCCCCGUGCUCCGGGCCCUUUCCUACCACUUGGCCCAGCAUCACAGCGAACUGGAUGUGAGCACCAUAAUGGAUCUGCUCUUUGCCUGUGGAAAGCUGAAUUUCUUUCAAUCCCAGCUAUUGGAGAAGUUGGCAUCUGACCUACUUUCCCAAGUGUCCGAGAUAACCCCCGUAAACGUGGUGUUCUGCCUCCGCUCCUUUGCCACCAUCAGGUGGUUCAGCCUGCCGCUGGUCGAUGCCUUCACUCAGUAUAUCCUGACCAAUGCCGACCAGUUCAGCCCACUUCAGCUCUGCAGCAUCGUGCUGUCUUUUGCCCACUUGAACUUCCAGCCUACCGAGAGCAACAACUUCUUUGACCUGGUGGACCAGAAGGUCAGUGGGUUGCUGACCACCCUGAAUCCGCAACCGCUUGUGGGUCUGGUGUGGUCUCUGUGCGUGCUGCAACGGGCCAAGGCUCCCUACCUGCAGAGCGUGUUGGGGCCAGCAUUCCACGAGCAUCUGCUAUGUAAAGCAAAAGACACCUCCAAGAAAGGCCAGCAAUUCAAGGUCAAGAUAAUGCAAAUCAACGCAACUGCCCUGCUGGAAUUCCCUGAGUACGAGUGCCCCUCCCUGCCACCACAGAUACUGCAGGCUCUGGCACCACAGGAAUACAUCAAGCCCACCCCGCUGCAGAAUGACCUGUGCCGGGUGCUGCAGAAGGUGCUCGGUGAUGAGACCAAGUGGCGCUUCAGAGUAGACACUAUCUACGGCUGGCAGCUCAUUGCUGAGGUGCUGCUGAACAGUGACAACCAGCCCAUUCCCCUGAAGAACUUUGUUGCUCCCCACCUGUUUGCCUCAGAAGGGACAAAGGAGUUGCCACCACAUACCAGGAGGAUGGCUUUCCUGCACUGGGACUUGCCCAACUUCAUCCGCCAGAGCAGGGACCUGGUGGGCCACCUCACUAUGGCCCGGCGACAUCUGGAAGCUGCCGGCUUUAUAGUCGUGGAGAUCCCAUGCUAUGAGUUCCAGGAGCAGAAAUCGGAAUGGCAGAAGGACGCCUACAUCAAGGGCAAGAUGAGUAAAGCCAUAGCUGAAGAGGUGGCUAAGUAACCGCAGUCCAGCCGAGGUGGGAUGAGAGGGGGCUGCUGUGUGACCCGCUGCUGCCGUAUAGAAGUGUUCACUAGAAUAAAGUCACUGUUGUACAAUCCAGCUGGCUCGGCAUGCAGCUGUGUUCAC